CCACGCCCCAUCCUGGGCAGCCGGGGGGCCCAGGCGUCCUGGCCCGGUGCCUGCCCUGGUGGCGGCGGCGGGGUCCCCACAGCUGUCCCGGGUCCGUGUCCCCCCGCCCCCGCCACGCCGUGGCCUUUGGGAGUGGGAACCCGAUCUGCCCCCAGCCCCCCCUUCCCAGGCGUAUAUCUGCCGUGGGGCCCGGUCACGUGGCAGCUGGGCAGCGCGGGGCAGGCAGCGGACGGGCACCGGCACGGGGACGGGGACGCCGCGGCCAUGACCGCCCUCGAGAGCCAGGCGCCCUUCGGGCUGGCCUACGUGGCCGACGACUACAUGCAGCAGGAGGAGGACUGGGACCGCGACCUGCUGCUCGACCCGGCCUGGGAGAAGCAGCAGCGGAAGACCUUCACGGCCUGGUGCAACUCCCACCUGCGCAAGGCCGGGACCCAGAUCGAGAACAUCGAGGAAGACUUCCGCAACGGGCUGAAGCUCAUGCUGCUGCUGGAGGUCAUCUCGGGUGAGCGGCUGCCGAAGCCGGACAAGGGCAAGAUGCGUUUCCACAAGAUCGCCAACGUCAACAAGGCCCUGGACUUCAUCGCCAGCAAGGGGGUGAAGCUGGUCUCCAUCGGGGCCGAGGAAAUCGUCGACGGGAACCUCAAGAUGACGCUGGGCAUGAUCUGGACCAUCAUCCUGCGCUUUGCCAUCCAGGACAUCUCCGUGGAGGAGACCUCGGCCAAGGAGGGGCUGCUGCUCUGGUGCCAGCGGAAGACGGCCCCAUACCGCAACGUCAACGUGCAAAACUUCCACAUCAGCUGGAAGGACGGCCUGGCCCUCUGCGCCCUCAUCCACCGCCACCGCCCCGACCUCAUUGACUACGCGAAGCUCCGCAAGGACGAUCCCAUCGGCAACCUCAACACGGCCUUCGAGGUGGCCGAGAAGUACCUGGACAUCCCCAAGAUGCUGGACGCCGAAGACAUCGUCAACACCCCCAAGCCGGACGAGAAGGCCAUCAUGACCUACGUGUCCUGCUUCUACCACGCCUUCGCCGGCGCUGAGCAGGCCGAGACGGCCGCCAACAGGAUCUGCAAAGUGCUGGCCGUCAACCAGGAGAACGAGAAGCUCAUGGAGGAGUACGAGAAGCUGGCCAGCGAGCUCCUGGAGUGGAUCCGCCGCACGGUGCCCUGGCUGGAGAACCGCGCGCCCGAGACCAGCAUGGCGGCCAUGCAGCGCAAGCUGGAGGACUUCCGCGACUACCGGCGCGUGCACAAGCCACCGCGCGUGCAGGAGAAGUGCCAGCUGGAGAUCAACUUCAACACGCUGCAGACCAAGCUGCGGCUCAGCAACCGCCCCGCCUUCAUGCCCUCCGAGGGCAAGAUGGUGUCGGACAUCGCCAACGCCUGGAAAGGGCUGGAGCAGGUGGAGAAGGGCUACGAGGAGUGGCUGCUCACCGAGAUCCGGCGCCUGCAGCGCCUCGACCACCUGGCCGAGAAGUUCAAGCACAAGGCGACGCUGCACGAGGGCUGGACGCGGGGCAAGGAGGAGCUGCUCUCGCAGCGCGACUACGAGGCGGCCUCGCUCACCGAGGUGCGGGCCCUGCUGCGCCGGCACGAGGCCUUCGAGAGCGACCUGGCCGCCCACCAGGACCGCGUGGAGCAGAUCGCUGCCAUCGCCCAGGAGCUCAACGAGCUGGACUACCAUGACGCGGCGACGGUGAACGCGCGGUGCCAGGCCAUCUGCGACCAGUGGGACACGCUGGGGACCCUCACGCAGAAACGACGGGAUGCCCUGGAGCGCACGGAAAAGCUGCUGGAGACCAUCGACCAGCUGUACCUGGAGUUCGCCAAGCGAGCGGCCCCCUUCAACAACUGGAUGGACGGGGCCGUGGAGGACCUGCAGGACAUGUUCAUCGUGCACAGCAUCGAGGAGAUACAGAGCCUGAUCGCGGCCCACGAGCAGUUCAAGGCGACGCUGCCGGAGGCUGACCGGGAGCGGAUGGCCAUCGUGGGCAUCCACGGGGAGAUCCAGAAGAUCGCGCAGACGUACGGCAUCAAGCUGAGCGGGGGCAACCCCUACACAGCCCUCACCCACCUGGACAUCGCCGGCAAGUGGGACACGGUGAAGAAGCUGGUCCCCCACCGUGACCAGACGCUGCAGGAGGAGCUCUCCCGCCAGCAGAGCAACGAGCGGCUUCGGCGGCAGUUCGCCGCCCAGGCCAACAUCAUUGGGCCUUGGAUCCAGACCAAGAUGGAGGAGCUCAGCCGCGUCUCAGUGGAUGCCAGCAGCUCCCUGGAGGACCAGAUGAGCCGCCUGAAGCAGCAUGAGCAGAACAUCAUCAACUACAAGUCCAACAUUGACAAGCUGGAGGGCGACCACCAGCUCAUCCAGGAGGCCCUGGUCUUUGACAACCGGCACACGAACUACACCAUGGAGCACAUCCGCGUGGGCUGGGAGCAGCUGCUGACCACGGUGGCGCGGACCAUCAACGAGGUGGAGAACCAGAUCCUGACACGCGACGCCAAGGGCAUCAGCCAGGAGCAGAUGAAUGAGUUCCGGGCGUCCUUCAACCACUUUGAUAGGAAGAGGAACGGCAUGAUGGACCCGGACGACUUCCGCGCCUGCCUCAUCUCCAUGGGCUAUGACCUGGUAGGGGCCCAGCGUGACCCCCUCGUGGGGGUGACCCCCAACGUCCCCAGCACUGUUGAUCCCCCCCCUUGCGUCUCUCCCCAGGGUGAGGUGGAGUUUGCCCGGAUCAUGAUGCUCGUGGACCCCAACAACACGGGGGUCGUCACCUUCCAGGCCUUCAUCGACUUCAUGACCCGGGAGACGGCUGAGACGGACACGGCUGAGCAGGUCAUGGCCUCCUUCAAGAUCCUGGCAGGGGACAAGAACUACAUCACGGUGGAGGAGCUGCGGCGGGAGCUGCCGGCCGAGCAGGCCGAGUACUGCAUCAGCCGCAUGGUGAAGUACGUGGGGUCCGACGCCGUGCCCGGCGCCCUCGACUACGUCUCCUUCUCCAACGCGCUCUACGGCGAGAGCGACCUGUGACCCGGCCCCGCCCGCUCCGACCCGGCUCGGUCCGGUUCGAUCCGGUCCGGGCCCCGCAUCGCGCUCAAUAAAGCCGCU